UCGUCUCAAGCACACCUGUUUCUGGGCAGAUGAACCAAGACGCUCGGACCCAGCCCAACACGAGUCCAAACUGUUUUUCUGGGGAGGUGAACCGAGCCGCUCGGACUCGACAGCAGCUGAGAGCUCUUCCACACUGCUGUGACCCAGGACCAGGAGUGGAGCCACAGAGGAGAUGGGCCUGGAGGUCAGGGAGCUCGAGCCCAGAUGGUGUCCAGUGUUGGAGAAGACCGAGCCGUCCUGCUGGGCUUCACCAUGAUGGCCUUCUCUGUGCUCAUGUUCUUUGUGGUUGGGAUCACUACGGUCAAGCCUUACAUCAACAGUUGCUGGGACCAGGAAGCCCACUGUGUGCUGCGUCAGACCCACAUCCUAGAGGACUGGGUGGACUGCAGAGGAGUGAGCACGGUGCCCUGCCUUAAAGUGACAGUCAACAUGAGCGGGUCCACUCAGGGGUCCUUUCUUCACUAUGAUGAGGAGUCUGUCCUUCUGGCUAAAGAAUGUUUUUACAUCCCAAAAUGCCAAAUGGACAAGGAUGACCUUCAAGACGAAGUGCAGGAAAUAAAAAGAAGACUGGACCGUCACCUGGGGAGCAACAGCUCGUGCUUCAUUGACCACAAGAACCACCCCAACCACGUCAUUUGGCACAAGAAGUACACCUUGAGAAGGGCACUAUUUGGACUGCUGUGGCCCUGUCUGAUGCUGGGUGGUGGAGCUCUUCUGGUGGGUCUUGUGAAGAUGACUCAGGGCUUGGCUCGUUUGUCCUCUGAGGUGUGCAUUGAGUCAGCAGGGGGACGGCUAACUGCGAGAUACACUCAGGGCAAACUGUAUAAACUCCUGCGGAGAUCAAGUAUGCAAUCCCCUUGAAGCUUUAAUAUGCCAAAAACAAUGAAGUGGCAUACACUCACUGAUAAAAACAAUUAAGUAUGCAGAAGUAAUGAACCAGUUUGGACAUAAUUUGGUACUAGCAACGAGUGUGUAAAUGAUUUGAUGUGCAAAGAGCUGGCACAUUUACUAUGGAUGGACAGCUGAGGGCGUAGUGGGUGGAGUGAAGCAAUGGUUUAUCGGGCAAUUCCUGGACUAUCUGGUAGUUAGAUCUAAGACAACAAAACAAACAAGUGUAGCCAAGUGGUAAACUUUAGUAUUUUUCACUUAGAUGCAAACAUACCCCUGAAAGAGUUUCAAGUGUAUUAAAGUACUGUUUGUUCUUUUGUUUUUGUAACAAAUAUUGUAUGCAAAGAAUAUUAUUUGUACUAUGUGUUGUUCUAUUUACACUUUUGCACAUUUAUAGUCCUCAAAGAAAUCUAAUCAGAUGUUUGGUGUACUUAUAAGGUUUAGUCACAAGGAGGCAGUGCUAUGCCAGUUAUAACCAGGUUUUUCUAAGAUUUUGCCCAAAUGCAUCUUGUUACUUCCUGUUUUGUUAUUAUCGUGUGGUCACAGCAUAAAUAAUGCAUGACCAUGAGAUAAUUAUGCUGUGGUCUCGAAAUAAUUUUUGCAGUCAUUUCUAUGCAGAGGUUGUUGAUUGUUUACAUGAAUAAGUUCAAAUUAAUUUUAUUUUAUUUUUAUAUGACUGACAUAAUUCAGUAGCAUUAUAUGUUGCAGCUUUAGGACACAGGUGACAGUUGGAGUGAUAUUUGUUUGAAAUGCUUUGUUUAAUUUUUUGAAGCUCAACACUCAAAGCAGGGUCCUCUUUCAAACGGUGCUUUGGCUGUGAAGGAGUCCGAUUUUUUAUGCAACAUAACUCUCUUUCCCGACACACAACUAGUGAACUGUCAUUUCAUAAAUAGCUUGUUAUGAAAGAUGGAGCAAUUAUAUUAACUUACACCAAAUAAUAAGUGUGGGUAGGCUACCUUUAAAAAGUUAAAAACAAAAACAAUGUGUUCAAAGCCUGACUCUAAUAAUGUCUGUAUUGACCACAAACAGAAUGUAAUGCCUGUCAAAAUUAUCUCAUAGCUAUGCGUUAUUUAUCCCUUGACCAUGAGAUAAUUUUUUUAUUAAAUGUUUCCUGACGGGCACCGUACCUAUAUUUUGUGUGGCCAACUAGGUUUUUUGGUGUUCAGCACAAAGCUCAGCUAAUCUGUGAUGUACAGCAUAAUGUGAAAUCUAGGAAACUUUGUGGAAUACAGAGCCCCCUCUUUUUGUAUUUUGUUUUGUUCUUUCCUUUUGUCUAUUAUUAAAGGAGACAUAUCAU